AUGGAUAAAUUCCGGAUGAUCUUCCAGUUUCUCCAGUCCAACCAGGAGUCAUUUAUGAAUGGCAUAUGUGGCAUUAUGGCUCUUGCCAGUGCACAGAUCUAUGUAGCUUUUGAUUUCACCUGUCCGUGUCUACCUGGUUAUAAUUUAGUUUAUGGGAUGGGUAUCCUGAUUGUGCCACCCCUCGUCUUAUUCUUACUGGGCUUUGUGAUGAAUAACAAUGUCUCCAUGUUGGCUGAAGAAUGGAGAAGACCCAUAGGAAAGCGUCAGAAGGACCCUGCUGUUUUGCGUUAUAUGUUCUGCUCCAUGGCUCAGCGGGCUAUGAUUGCACCUGCAGUAUGGAUUUCAGUGACACUGUUGCAUGGAGAAUGCUUUAUAUGCGCCUUCAGCACCACUGUGCCUAUAGAGAAGUUGGGCAACAACAGUUAUACACACCCACCCGAGAAGGAGUUGAAGAGGAUUCUAGCUCGGAUUCCCUGCAAAGAAAUUUACAAUGGACAAGAACUAAUUGCCAAAGAGGUGGCAACUAGGUAUCUGCGUUGUAUCUCUCAGGCCAUGGGCUGGUCCUUCGUGCUGUUGAUGACCUUGUUGGCAUUUCUUGUUCGCUCACUGCGUCCUUGCUUCACUCAAGCCGCCUUCUUAAAGAGCAAGUAUUGGUCUCACUACAUUGACAUUGAGCGCAAGCUCUUUGAUGAAACUUGUACAGAGCAUGCGAAAAGCUUUGCAAAGAUUUGCAUCCAGCAGUUCUUUGAAGGCAUGAACAAGGACUUGAGCAUGGGCCAUGCACACUUUCCCGAGAAGACACCUUCAGAACCAGGAGAAGAAAAGGAAAAACUAUUGGGUAUCAUGGAUCAAGGGGCCAUGAACAAACUUUUGAAGAACUGGCACAAAUGCAAGCCUCCUUUGUGCCUCCACCGAGAGGUUAUCCAGAAUGGCUGGGCAGGAGAAACUGCACGCCCUAACCCACCUAAGAAAGAGUAUGCCACCUAUUACAGCAAAGUAUAA